AAACAACAGGGUCCAUAGCAUAUCCUCCUAUUAUCUGUGGACAAAAACCCACUCUCAGUAGUGACAUGCUCGCGGUAACCUUACCUCCGAAUCCCAUCAUCAAGUGCCCAAAUCUCGUCGCAUUUUCCGCCCUUCCUCCAAUAUUUAAAAAAAAAACCCUAACCCUAAAAAAUCUGAAAUCGUCCUCCCAAAUCGAAAACCCUAAAACCUAAUCAUGAAGGCCUCUCUCAAAUUCCGAGAAGACCAGAAGCCCUUGGUCCGAGCUAAGAUCCCCAUCAGCAUCCUCGGCCUCCCGUUUCUCUCCGGCAUCUCCGCCGGCGACUCGAAGGAGCUCCGCCUGGAUCUGCUAACCGCCUUCGAAUCCGGCCCCUCGCUUCGCGCCUCCUACCGCCCGAACGACCCCUCGAAUCCCUUCACCGUCUCGAUCAAGACCGAUCGCAGCUUCGGCUCGCCGGCGGGAGCCUCCCAUUCGAUGACCGCCGAGUUCAACGUCAUCGGAAACUCUAACCCUAGCUUCUCCGUUUUCUUCAAACCCAGAUUCGGUGACUUCUCGUUCAAGAAGUCGGUCGGCAUCGGCGGUCAUCUUGCCGCCGGAGAAAAGAUCGCCGACAUGGAGAACCGACCCGUCGGCGGUUUGGGGGAACGCCGGGCUGAAGAAAGCCAACGGGAUUGGGCGCCAACGAAGGCGUGCGCCCGUCUGGAGAGCAAGGCGGCGGUUAGGUUCAGGUGGGGGGUGAGAGUACCCCCGGAGCUCCGGGCCGCGCUGGCGGAGGACAGGAACAGGGCUCUCUCACUCAGCAAGCUGCCUCUGCUGGUGAUGAGCAAGAUCUCGAUCGAGCACGUGGCAGAAGACAAGAGGAAGGUGAAGGACGAUGAUGUCAGCAAGGGGGCUACUGACGUUGCGGAGGCGUGCAUGUCGGUGAAGAAGCAGCUGGAGGCAAUCCAGGCGGAGAACGGGAUGCUGAGGAAGGCGGUUGAUGAGCUUCGCGGGUCGAUUCCGGUCACCCCUGCUGGGGGUCAGGUCAGCGCCGCGCCUCCAAGGGAGGCUGACGUCAGCAGCAAGGGAGUGAGAAGGGAAGUAAGGCACCUAGAAGGUUCUGGAAGGCCAGCCCCGGCAACAGGGCCCAAGAAGGAGGACAUGACGGAGGAGCUUAAGAAGGCUCUGAUGGGGGCCGCCAGCGGAAGUAGAUAUCACGGUGAAGCUAGUGUGGCGGGGUGUUCGUUUAUACAUAGGGAAGGGGUGUGGUAACUUCACACUUUUUAAUUUUGGUUUUAAUGUUUGUGAUGUUAUUAGGUUAGUAUGAUAUGGUAGUAAAUAUUGGAGCGUAAUAAGUAAGCUAAAUUUCUCUCUGUAAAUACUGGGUUUAUUUUGCUGUUAUCACGUUAUAGCAAAUCUAGAAUUUUUGUUCUUUGUAUGAUUCCUUUGUUUUUGUUUUUUUGGGAAUUUGGAUUUCCAUAAUAAUUGUCUAAAAUUGUUCAAUAAUCCAGAUACUUGUUAUUCAUUUAUAAUAUCAGUCAUAUUGUUAUCCUUUUAUGAAUUAUACUAUUUUUCAUUUUCCACUCAAAAGUCACAAUUGGACACUAAGUGCGAUCUGCGAGAACACUGAAAUCUUUAAAAUGUGUUUCUGCUUGACAUUUGCUUAAAUAUGGUUUGUGAGAAUGUUGAAUAUCGAUUGGCCUCAGAGGCUUGGUUAUUGUGAUGCAGAAGGCUCGCUCAUGUAAAAUGAAACUAGAAGUGGAAAGAAACUAAAAAUAAAAAAGAUAGAAGAUUCUAAUUCUGCCAUGAGAUCUAGGUAUUUUUUACACAAAUGCUUUUUGUCUCUAGUUGUUAACGUUCUGAUAAGAGAGGAUUACUAUUAGCAACUUCUAAUUGACUCUAUCAUGUGCUUAUUAGUCCAACAAGCUUCAACAAAUGGUUACGGAUCUGUAUGUUGUGAACUUGAAUAAUUGUAUGUGCACUGCUAAUACUAUAGCAGCUAUUUGUGGUCUGGAAUUUUAAUUCAAAAUCCAUUGACAUAACUUAUGAGAUCAGAAGGUUUAAUAUUUGCUUUAAUCUUGAGAAGGAGUUCUUCAGGAAUUACGGUUGACAGUUAACAAUAACUCAAUAAGUAACACUGAUUUCUUUCCAUCCUUUUUUGUAAUCCACCAAAUGCAAGUUAUUUGUCUAUUUGGAAAGACUGAAUUAUGCAAUGAAAUUCUAUUCCUAAAAGAGUCCCAUGGAAAUUUACAGAAGCUAUAAAGAAUUGCCUUCUUGCAUAUAACUUCACUGUGAAGGCUACCUGUGGAUACAUGAUUGUUCUCAGUUAAUAUAGAAUACAUGAGUUAAAUUCCUAACGUUUAUUUUUGUCUUCAGAAGAAUUUGUUCCUAUUAUGCAGUGUAACAAGGAGAGAGUAUUGUAUGUGACAUCAACAUCAAGUACUGAUGAAAGCUUUGGUGUUGUUUCCUGUUUUAGUUGUCUGCAUCUUCUUCAACAGGUAAUGGCAGCAAUACAGGGUACAAGGUACAAGGCCCUGCAUCAGUUAUUCUGGGAGAAUGUUCAAAUGUAGUGCAGCAGGAUAUAGGUUGGGGACAAAGGGUUUAUCCCAAGCUAAAUUCGGAAGCUCAUCUUGACUCUCCUCUUCGACCUCUUGAGCGGAGCUUUGAAGCUAAGCAGUUUUGUAGGGGGGCCGUGGCCAUUCAGAGCGAAGAAAGUGGUUCCUUGGGAUUGACAUUUUGAUAUGCAAGGUGAAAAAAUGGAGCAUGUACUUGCAAUUGCUGGAUCUGCCUUUUGUGUCAGGCCGUGUGUGACAUUGAUUUCGUUUUGGGGAUAUGUCCUAUGUAUGAUCGAAAGCAAACUGACUGACAGAUUUCAGCUCAAAAGGGAAAUUUACUCUCCUAACGUAUAGCAUAUCUCUUCAUGCUUCUUUGUGCUAUGUCAUUUGAUGGCAUUGAUCUGUAUUAGCAAGUCCUUAACUUUGGUGGUCUCACGUUGAUUCUUCCAUGGCAGCCUCCUUCCUCUUACUGAUAAUGAUUGAUCUUGGAUAUUCAAUGUAUAACUGUAAUCCAACCUUGUUUAUGGGUCAGUGGUUUUCAAAUAAUCGGAUACUUGUAAAAAAAAACUUCCUCAAAAAAACUCAACUGAGAGAUAUAUGAAAUUUAUUUGCAUUUGAUUUCUAGUGA